AUGGGCAACAACCCGUCUGUUCUUUCUGUAGGCGCAAACCUGCCAGCUGGCUGGAGUUACCACGGAUGCUACACCGACUAUGGCAGGAGGAAGCUUGCCGGGUCUUUAUUUGUCGACACUGGAAAUAUGACCCAGGCCAGCUGUGUUGCCUUCUGUGACCAGAACAACUAUCCUUACGCAGGCAUCGAGUAUGGUCAGGAGUGCUACUGUGGACUUGCUAUUGGCGCAGGCUCUGCAAGAAGCAACGAAACCGAAUGCGACUUCCCCUGUCCGGGCAAUGUCAGCGAAGCGUGCGGUUCUAACAAUCGACUCAGCGUAUUCUACAACAGCUUGGCAGACGCUACGCAAACCAAUACAGGCCCGAAUGGCACCUCGCGCAUUGGUUGUCUGGCCGACAAUGUAUAUGCUCGUGCUCUGUCUGUUUUCCAAGCUAGCGGCGACAGUAUGACAGUUGCACACUGUACUUCCAGCUGUAAGGCAGCAAACUAUAGCACGGCAGGCCUUGAGUACGGUCGAGAAUGUUGGUGUGGCGAUACUCUCGACAACAACGCCACAAUCACUGACGAGGGUUGCGAUAUUCGGUGUACUGGCAACUCAUCCGAAUUCUGCGGAGGGUCCCAGAGACUUGAUCUGUGA